CUCCCGUGCUCGCCCCGUCCCUCCCUCUACACACACACAUACACACACGCACCUCUGCCUCCGCAGGCGGAUGAGGGGCACUUUUGAAAAUUAUUUUCUUUCCACACCCAGCCUUCGUCUGACAUCACUUCUGCAGGAGGGCGGGAGCAGCCCCGCCGCCAGACGGUCGCGGAGAGCUCCGCCGGCCCCCGCGCACCAUUUUUCUCGAACUAAAUACUCCUCGCAUCAAGGAUGUUGAUUCUUUUGGCUUUCAUUAUUAUAUUUCACAUAACUUCAGCAGCGCUGUUGUUCAUCUCAACUAUUGACAAUGCCUGGUGGGUAGGAGAUAAUUUUUCUACAGAUGUCUGGAGUGCAUGUGCCACAAAUAAUAGCACCUGCACACCUAUUACUGUUCAAUUCAGAGAAUAUCAAUCAAUUCAGGCUGUUCAGGCCUCCAUGGUCCUAUCUACUAUUUUCUGUUGUGUGGCAUUUCUGGUUUUCAUUCUCCAACUUUUCCGUCUAAAGCAAGGAGAAAGAUUUGUGUUAACCUCUAUUAUCCAGCUCCUGUCAUGUCUGUGCGUGAUGAUUGCAGCUUCCAUUUACACAGAUAGGCACGAAGAACUGCACAAGAGCAUUGAAUAUGCCAUUGAAGUUUCUAAAGGCCAGUAUGGCUAUUCCUUCGUCUUAGCCUGGAUUGCAUUUGCCUUUACUCUGAUCAGUGGUGUUAUGUACCUAGUAUUAAGGAAACGUAAAUAAAUGUUGGCAGCUAGUUAUUACUGUCAUGACAGUACAAAACCAAAUUCCAAUAUUUUGUAUAUAAUCAUUUACAUGGUUUUGUAGUAAAGGUAUUGUUUCUCUAAAAAUGUACUGUGUUCUUGAUAUGAAACAGAAUACAAAAAAAGCCAACCAACAGCAGGUUUAAUGGAAUGCCUGGCAUUCAGUCUGAGCAAGACUGACCCAAGUUUUCUUUUACUUAUUUCACCAUCAUCUGUGGUGAAAUGGUGUAUUCCCUUUUCUAGGCAUAAACAGUUCCUGGCCUCUGUCAGAUUACUAUUAAAGUCUUUGCAAAUUAAUUUGGAAGCAAUAUGCUCAGCAUAUUCCUGGCCUGGAUCUAGCCCUUUGGGAUGGGAUAAAUACAGGGGAAGUGAAAAAUGAGGCCAAGAUCAUGGUGCAAAAGCAAACAAGUAUAAAAGCCCAGAGCUGCACUCAAUGUGGCUGUUCCAGCAGAGGACGAACGUUCUGCUAUUUAUAUCGUGCAGUAAGUGUCAUCAAGCUUUUAUUAAAACCACUUGCUUUGCAAAAGCAAACAACUCUUUUUCGUACUCCAGCAAAUGAUUCUCUUUAUUCUUCUUCACUUUUAAUUUAAGCAUAUAGAGCCUUUGGCAGGAAAAGUUACAAGCAAAUUUGAAAUUCAGUGCACAGCUUGGGACUGGAGGAGUCUGAGCAGAAAGAGAUGCUCCACUCAAGUCCUGCAGCCCCUUAUUUUUUCAUUGUGCAGUACCAAAUUUAACUUUUUUUUUUUUUGCAGCCAAACUCAGUAUGUUUAUUACAUUGGGAUCUGGCUAGAUAUAUCAUGUUGGCUAAUAUGUAAUUUAGAAAAGCUUUUUUUAUUUUUAUUUUUAUUUUUAUUUUUCUGUGUCUGCUCACUAGGAAAUUGGCCUUUACAAAAUUCAUUCUAAGUUCCUACUUGGAUUUUAUUUGAAUAAAAAUUCUUACUAAAGAAAUCAGAGUGUAACUACCAUGCAUAGGAGUUCCAGGAUAGUUUUUCAAAAUUUUUGGUGAUUUUUACUUUUCAAUAAUUCUGUGAGAGAAUUACUGUAAUACCAGAUUUAACUGCUCAGCAAUGUAAUACUGGCUUUGGCUGGUGGUGAUUUCAGGGUUUGGAGACCAGUGUGGGGAAUAAAGUAGCUUUUUCUGGUUAGUCACACCUUUGAUGUUAAAAUGUAGAUUUAACUUUGUAAAAGCAUUAACCAUGUAUUCAUUUCAUGAUAUUCACUACAGCUGACCCAAUAUAUAGGCAAUAAAAAUAAAUGAAUUUUAAAUGAAAUUUUACACUUAAUGUAGAACAAAAUUACUACUACAAAAUAACAUAGCUCUACUAAUGUUGAUAACUUAGCCUAUUACACAGCAGCUGAUAGUCUGACCCAUUGCUGCAGAUAAUUCAUCCUUGAGUUCUCACAGAACUGUAUGGGAAUUGUCUCUGACAUGAGUAAUGGGUCUUGCUGUUCCAUCUCCAUUCCCUGACCAUCCUAAAAUGCUCUAACGAUUGUUAUUAGGGAGCAAAGAAAGUACAACAGGACCAGCAAGAAGUUAAUUAGACAAGUAAGCAGAACAGCAAAUAAAAAGUGAAAAUAACAGCAGUUAAAACAAUAGAUCAGUCUGAGAGAAAUGCAUUCUCACUUUCCCAGUCUUGCAUGAUGCUACUGUUCUGUUAAUCUUUUUCCUCUUAGUGGGAACACUGAAUUUCAGGCAUUACUACCCUACUUUUUAAAAAAGUGUUUCUGCUGUUUGCUGAAUACAUUUCAGAUUCAAAACCUGAGUUUUGCUAGCAAGCAGGAUUUGUUUUAAAUAAACAGAUGUGGGUUUAAGGCUGAAAGUAGUCUGUAAAUUAGGUGUUUGGCUAGUCUUAUUCAAACAUGAAAUAUUAAGGGUGAAAUUCUAAAACAAAUGUGCAUUAAAGCUAUUUUAUAUCUAGAAGAUAAUUCUAUAACACUGUAAAUUAAGCUGAAAUGCCACUGACUUGAAGAGAUGCUUCUUCAGUUUCUUGCCUUAAUAGUGCUUAGGUCAUUUAUAGAGCAGAUAUUUAAGAUAAAGAUGUAUAUAUACAUGAACUCAGCUUACUUCUACAAUGAAAGCUCUGUCACUUUAGUUAGAAGUAAAAAGCACACACACUUCAGUGUACAAACAGCAGCAUGCAGGUGGUGCCACACAGAGAACAUAUGUCAAUAUUCGAAGUACCAAGAAAAUAAAUGCCAAAAAGUUUGAACAAGAGUUUUAACAGGACAAACAUAUUUUAGAAUAUUCUUUUUACUUGAUAUGCCUUUAAAAUAUACCGUUUUCUAUGCUCUAUAUAUUAUUAAACUGUACAUGAAAAUAAAGUUAAAAAUUCUUGUAUUAGCAAGCUCAAUACGUUCAGCAGUCUGACCUUGUCUUUAAGCUUGGGGUAUAUUUAUACAAGCUGGGAUGAGAAAUAGUUGAGGAUUUGUAUGAACAGGUAAAAUUGAACUCUUCCUGCCUGUACUGUCAUUUGUUGAAGAGCUUUCAGGUAAGUAGAGAGAACAUCAGUGUACUAAUGUGUAAGUGCGUGGUCCCACAAGAAUAGCUGCCAUGUAGUGCAGGACCCACAUGUGAUAAGACAGUUACUAGUAAGGUCUCUUUUCCUCAUUGGCAGAAAAGCUGUGUGUUUAAGAUUAUUUUGAAUGCCUUGAUCAUGUGAGAGAUGUUAGAAACAAGCCACCAACUUCUGUAUGUUCUCCAACCCAAGCUUCACCCAUGCACUGGGACGACAGCAGUACAGGAACCGAUGCCUUAAAACGUUUUCAGUCGUGAAAGAUUUGGAGGAGGAGGAAGGCAAUUUGUAAGGCGUAAGGAAGAGAAAAAGGUGUCUGGAGCAGCUGUGUGUGUGCCUGCCCAUGGUACUCCGUGCAUCGUUCCCUUUGUGCUGGCCGUGCUGUGCAAUUCGCGUUCCGACAGAGCCUCCUCGUGGCGAAACACCGCUGCAUUCCCAUUUCAAAACGCCUCUAGAAAGCCCGACUUCAGUUCUGAAGCAUUCUGCAAGGUGUAAAUCCCCAGGGAUUGGGGAUCCUCCUCCCUCUGCUCAAGCACUCUUCAUUCAGAUUUUUUCACUUGCUUUCGAGAGCUGUGGACGAUUCUGCUCUCAAACAUUUAGGAAGAAGAGCUGGAGUUCAGGUGCAGCAGAGGACACUGCCAAUUCCUUCUGCCUUUUGAAGAUUUAAGAGUUGCUGUUUGGAAAUUGUACAUAUGGUUCAUUUCCUAAAAUGAUGCCAUUCAUUUUUAAUAGCAACAGUAAUAUAACAAACCUUUCUAUACAUAUAUAUAUAUUAAUUAACAUUAGAAUAGCCAUUAAUUAACAUUAGAAUUGCAAUGUAGAGACUGUAAGUCUGAGGACGUAUUUUGCUCUGCUGUAACUGCAGAGCAAUUUGUUAGCUCACAAGCAGCUUGUGAGGCUUUAUUGAAAUAGUGGUAAUAGGAGAUUCUCAAAUGCAGUCCACUCCCAGUAGUGUUAAUGAAUGCAACUUGGGAUAAAGGCUGUUUGGACACUGGAAAAUGUAUCAUUUUGCACUUGGAGUUUUUUCAUCGCGUUAUCCUUUGGUGAAAGUUAUAAGGACAAAGGGAUCAUGGAGGACAUUUGUGAAGUUGCAGUCUUCUGUCUUGCUGGGUUUAGUGGCAAACUCAUGGUUAGAAAUACAGAGGAGCUUGGGGUUUAUUUUAAUUUUUCUCUGAAAGGUUUGUAACAUAAAGGAUUUUCAUUAAUCAAAAUGAUUUAUUAGGUUUCUAGCUUUUCCAGUAGCUACAUCAUUGCUCAGACAACAGACUUAAAUCGCAAUUCUCAUUUCCCAGGGAAUGUUUAGAGCAUAAAAUGUCAUGUAUUUUUUCUUAGUGACCGUUAAGCAAAACUUUUGCAUACCAAAAAACCUAUGUGAUUUCAUCGUGGCGAUUCCUCUGUGAGAAAUAACCACAAAAUAAAAAUAACAGCACAGAAGGACAUUGCUUCUGCUCUAUUAGAUAUAAUUAAGGCCUAGAAAUUCUUAGAUAAAUCUGGAUGAACAUGUUAUAGGUGGAAUGUAUAAGCAAAUGGGUAGGGAACUGCUUGUAUUUGGGAUGGCCUGACAUCUCUCAGAUAAUAUAAGAAAAAAUUAUCAGGCUGCCUGGAUUUUAGCUGAAAAUACAUCCAGUCCUUACCCCACAUUUCCUUUCUAUUCCUGUAAUCACCAUCUUCAAGUGUUCGAAUUUAGACACUGUAAAAUCAAUCAGCCACUUAAACAGGUCUGUUCUUUUCUUUCAGUGGCUGCUUCUUACUGGAUUCUAUAGCAAACAGUUAAUGUCAUGCUCUUAAGCCUUGUCUGGCUCAUGUGCAGAAAUGUUUCUGUACACCAAAGUAAUCCAGAUCUGCUUGAUUUUUCGCAGUGUAUGACUCUUGUUAGAAGCAAAUCUGUUCAUGAGAAACUUGCUCAGAAGCUAUCUUGCUAUGUGGCUAGCAUUGCUGGAAAUGUGUGAAUAAAGAGAGAAAAAGUCA